CUGAAUAAUGGAUUGAUGUUGUUUCCGAAUUAUCGGUUGGAAACGGGUGAGGGGCUUGAAGUUGAGGAAGAGAAACACACGAGGGCGGUGGAGCUGGUGGUUGACGGCGGUGGAAGUGAUGGACACGGUAGAGGAAAGAAAUGUGGUGGUGGAGGUGGUGAUGAUUCUAAUGGUGGAAAUGGUGAUGGUUUUGAGUGGGAUUCAAAUCAUGGGAGUGAUAGUACUGAUUUGUAUUACAAAAAGAUGAUUCAAGCUAAUCCUGGGAAUUCAAUGCUUCUUGGAAAUUAUGCAAGAUUCUUGAAAGAGGUCCGUGGAAACUUGGUGAAAGCAGAAGAAUAUAGUGGGAGAGCAGUUUUGGCAAAUCCAAGUGAUGGAAAUGUACUUUCAUUAUAUGCUGAUUUAAUUUGGAGAUCCCAUAAAGAUGCCCCUCGUGCUCAAAACUACUUUGAGAAAGCUGUUAAAGCUGCACCAGACGAUUGUUAUGUGUUGGCCUCCUAUGCACAUUUUCUUUGGGAAGCAGAGGAUGAAGAGGAAGAAAAAGAACAAGAACAGAGACAAGAUCAAAUGAGCCAUAAUAUUAACUUAUCAGAACCUAGUUUCUUCAUAUAACUCACCCCAUCUAAGUUUAAUGUCUCUAUAUAUGUUAUAGCAAAAUAUAAUUAACCUUCUAACAAUUUUUUGUUUUCUGUAUAGCUUUCACCCUUUUGGGGUUUCUUUUUGUAACCUUUCAUUUCCCCUGGCUACUAAAGCAUUUUGAAUAAGUAUAGUUGUCGCUCUUUCUUGGCUAGAUUGUAAUUAAGAAUGAAAUGAAAUUAUGUUCAUGGAAAAA